UUCUUGAAACAGAUGCUGACCACCCCGCCCAGAAAGGGCAGUAGUGCCAAGUUCAUGUCAGAAGACGAUUUCCCAGUGCGACGGAUAGACUUCGAACUAGACUGAUUUUCUCAUCGAUUUCGGCCUUGAAAGGCCGCAAUUUGAAUCUCAGAGUUUUUGUUUGAUCCAGGAAAGUGCUGCUUUUUUGAAUUUUUCAUCUCAAAAUAGCCUAGCAUGGCUAUUUGCACCCUAGGUGCCUCCUUAGGAGGCUGGAGCGCAUGCAGCAACCAGGUGCUCAAUAGUACAACUCCGGCCUGGGCCUAGCGUGCUUGGAAAAAGUUUGAAGCUAGCUGUGCGAUCCUUUGCUUGCAUCUCGGUGCUUGUUUGCUUGUUUCCACGGGCCUGUUACCGGGUCGGGGUCUCUCCCCUUCUGACGGUAGGCCCGGUAGGCUUUGUGUGCUCCAUUGGAGGUCCCCUCUGAUGCGGGCUGUUCCGAUAAUGAAGAUUUGUGAGAAGCUGUGUGAAAAGAUUGAAGGCAGGAACCCGGUUUCUGCAAACGACGUUGUUCAGACUUGCCUUGCAGUUUGUUUUCUCAGUCAGCUUGACAUGUUGCAGCGCCGGCCCCCUGACACAUGUAGUAGUGUUGGUAGCCUUGCUUUGUGGCUUUCCCAGCACUUGCUUCUUUGUGUUGGCGAGGCGCUCUGUCAGAGGCGGCCUCAAAUCGUUGUGGCUUGUGUGUUUAGCUUGUUGGACUAUGUGCACUGCUUGGUUGUUUCCUGUGGACCGUAAGUGGAGGCGAAGGAGCGAAGCUAUUGAGCCUCUGUGGGCGGCUCGUUGGUGCAGUCGAAGCUUGCUUUGGUUAUCUGGCCAUCGCGGUAAAAAGUGGCCCAGCAAAGCCUUCAUGUUGCUGGCGCCGCACCACCGCUGGGCACUGUGUCGCAGUGAGCGGCCUAAAAGUUGGACCCCGCAACAGCUUCGGGCUGCUGUUGAUGACCUGAUUUUCCUUCAGUUGCUUGCCGUGACGUUGCGUCCGAAUUCGGAGGCUUGGUUUGGCAGUGGUUGUUUGCAUGGCUUGUACUGUUGGGCUUCUGUGCGUGCUUAUUACGUUGGGAUUGCAAGGACCAAGCGUGUCAAUCAAAGACAUGGUACUGGUAUUGCGUCACGCUGGUUGAAACACAUGGUGGCCUUAAUCCGUGUCAGCGUUCCUGAGGGCGAGCGUUUGCGUUACAAAGUCAUGAGGCGGGUUCGGCCAGAUGAAGUGUUCUUCUUUGUGUGCUGUGCGGGGCCGGAAACCCGCAUCCGUGCCAUGGAAAGCUUGGAAAUCGCCACCAGGCGGCCAAAUACCAACGUAAGACUUCAAAGGGUCAAGCAGUCUUGUUCACUGACCUUGCCCAAACGCAGAGGCCGACCGCCAAAGCAUGUGCGCAUGAUUGCUUGUAAGGGACUUGGUAGUGGCCCUUUUGAUUCGCAAGUGGCAUGUGAUGUGCUUGAUGCUGGUGCUAAGCGUGCUUUGUCUUCGCGGAUUCCAUGUGACCCACGCCCUUGUGUCUUCCGGGUUGGUUUUGCUUCUGCUUAUCGGUUGGAACAGCGUCGGUUGUUGGCUACUACUGGUCAGUUUGGUCCUGUUCACAUUUUCCAUCCUGCCCUGACCUCCUUGAUGUUGUCGUGGCUGUGUGCAAAGCAUGUUGAAAUCCCUUGGGAGCUUGUUGAGAAAGUUUGGAAUGUUGGUUGUGCCCCUGCCGUGCUCCACCGCCUUGCUAGCCAAGUGCAAGGUAAGGGGAGAAAGGCAACUUUGACCCGGCGUAUCAAUGCCAGGUUAAAAGACUUGGGGCUCCCACUGGUUUGUGGUUGUACUUGCAAGGUUCCUCGUUCUACCAUGUUGCCUGCUGUUCGUUUGGCGCUUCAAAAAGGUAUUCUUGCUCAUGACAGGUGGAAUCACGAUGAAAAGCAAUGGGUGCUCAGCUGGUCGCGUCUCGGUUAAGAAAGCACAGGGACCAAUGGAAUGCUGUCCAAACCAGUAAAAAUGUCCGGCUUGACCGUGUUGAAACUUCCGGUGAUAUCAGCAGUGUCUUGUCGCAGGUGCAUGGCAUGCGUCGUGUUGAUAAUGUUUGGGAUGUGCCUGUCAGACCUGAUCUUGAAGACGAUUUAAGCUUCUGUCGCGCGUGCGUGCUGUUCUCUUGGUUUGAAGGGUCAAGGUCCUUGGCUGUGUCCUCUCUGCGUACUUGCUUGCUCGUGUCACCUCCGUUUCGGGCUGAGCGUGGUAUGUUUGACAGUACCAGUACGGAAUAUCAAGCGUACACCUCUGACAUGUCUCGCAGCAAGUACGAAUGCAUUGUCCAUGAUGACAAAAAGAAAAUGUCCAUGUGGAAGGUCCCUUGUAUGUUUUAUCAGCUUCUCUUGUUUCACUUUGCGUGUAUUUCGUCCAGUUGGCAAGCAAACCAGUGGUGUCACAGUUGUUUGCAGAUCUUGUUACCGCCCUCCCUGGAGAAAUUCUUAGGGUUUCAUGUGUUUGCCACCAUCAUGGUCGUUCCCUACUUUUAUGGCACUAUCAAGUCCAAGUGUUUUAGUCCCCUGGGACAUACUUGUAAGAAGCUUGGACACAGUUGCUUGAGGAAGGUGGUGUCUUUUUCUGCAUGGCCACUGAGGAAAAGGUGGCGUUUCCUUCACCGUGCCCUUGAAGCUGCUUGGUUUUUACGGGUAUGGGUGAUGAGGUCUGGUCACUGAAAGAAGUUUGCAGAACUUUUGACGAGAGAAUGUCGCAUGUGGUUGGCCACGCGUGUGUUUUUUGUGACCGGUGCAGUCAGCGCAAGCCUAGUCUUGUUCUUCUCACUGCUGACGCCGGCCAGUUCUUUGAAGUUGUCAAACCACAUGUUGCGAUUUCUGCGGCCCGUCGUGUUUUUGAGAGGUGUUCACGGGUGUCGGGUAAGAACUGUGUCACUGUCUUGCGGGGCGAACGUCGCGUGGCUUUCCUUGGUGGUAGCUGUGGCCGUAGGCUGGACAGGUUUGUUUUCUCUUUUUCCAAACUCCUCCUUGCUUUUGCUGCUUGUCUCUUGAUGUCGUUUUGUACACUUGGUGACAUGGUUUGGAGAAUGACUGGCCUGCCUAUUGGAGGCGUUGUGUCCAAAGUUGCUUCAAGUUUUGUACUUGCUGUUGAAGAACAUGAUUGGGCUUUGGACAUCGCCCGUCGUCGCAGACAUGGGUUUAGCCGUCGUGUCCACGCGUGGGAUUUCGAAGUGGCCCGAGCAAGGUACGUUGAUGACAUCUUGUGGCUGUCCGGUCGCUAUUGUCAUGCUGGCUUGUGCCGUGCGGUGUCCCUGGCUUAUUCCGUUCCGUUUGACAUUGAUGCUUGUGCUGCUUAUGUGACUUGGUUGGACAUGGAGUUGCACUUGCCUGAUUUGUCUUGGCGUAUGAAACCGUCCAUGUGGACGCUCCCGCCCCCUUGGGGCGCCCCAAAAGGUUACGCGCAUAGUUUCCUUUGCGGCCGUUUACAGAGGUGGUCGGAAGUUCGCCUCAGUGACGAUGCAUGGCUGACAGCUGCUACCAAUUUGUUUCUCAGCUUUCGCGAUGCUGGGUGGCCCGUGCGUGUCAUCAGAGCUGCUGUUUUCAAAGCUGGGAGACUGACAAGGGUUAAAAGAGACAUGUUGCUCACGGUGCUUCAUGUCUCUUUUUUUACAUUAAUCCCUUUUCCUGCACAUGGUUGCCCACGGCCGGCUCCCCUGUUGUUGUAGCCUGGUGCCUGCUGAGUUCUGGCUCUUUUGUGUUGGUGCUUUGGGGCAGCAACUUUAGCCAUGACUAGGCGCCCGCUUUUCCUUUUGCUUUUCCUCCUCGCCUGCUCCCAUGGCUUGUGUGGCAAACCUCAGCAGUGGGGUGGCAGCUACGGGAAAGGCAGUGCCUCAAGCAGCAGAUGGGGCCGUUGGAACCAGCAAAAAUCGCGGGGCAGCCGUGCUUACGGCGGACAAGACCGUGAGCUUGUAGUUCGAGUUGAAACCAGUGAGAAGGAGAAGAAAAGUCGGAAGCGAACAAGAGUCAAAACUAACUCUUGCGCGACAGUCUUUAGCGCAAACUCUGUCGAUGUGUGUAACAUGGUCAAGACAUUGUAACUGACAACCGUUUUUGUGGAGGUGCUGCAUCGAUCGGGAAGGUCCUUGACGAGUAUGUUGCCACUUGUGCUGCACAAGGCUUUAACUGGCAAUAUACAUUGCCACAAGGUUUUAGCGGAAACCGGUCCAAAAAAGAGAAGAGACGCCACAAGUCUUCUUCGAGUGACUCUUCAGUGUCCAGUUCUUCUUCUUCGGAGAAGAAAAAGAAGAAAAAGGGUUCGAAAAAAAAACCAACAACAGUGCAGCUUUGUCAAAUUCCGACAUGGAAGAAUUGAUGGCUUUCAGGCGCCGUGCUGAGAUUGAGAAGAUCAGGGCUGAAGUGACAGCAAGCAUUGGCAUGGUUGAGCGCUCACCUAGCUCCCAUGACAAAGGGCGUGCCAAUCCCAAGCAAGUUUUCACACCGAAGACCAAAAAGCUGGUGGUAGCCCAAACCCGUGUCUUUGACAAGGACGGCCAAGUGCAAUCGUUGGUGCCGGUGCCCGAGAGCUGGGAACAAGUUGCAGAGCAGCUGUCCGGGCACCCGCUCCCACUCGUAAAACAGUUGCUGCAGCAGAUUAACCCCGACUCUACAGUGCCAAGAGGCAGGAAUGAGGUCGUGAAGCUAGUCAUGGCCGAAUUGCAGAACCGUGAAGACUGAACAAGAGGGGCACUACUGCCGUGGGGGCUCGGCUGGCAUCCAGCAAUGGCUGUUUUGGCCGGAAUUUUGGUUGGUGUUUUUCUCAUGGCUUUUUUUCAGCAAAGGGCUGCGCCUGUUUGGGCGCCGUCAGGGCUCCAGCGGGCAUGGAAUUAUGUGCUGGCUGUGAAGACACUAGCGUGUGUCUGCUGCAAUCAAAGCUUUCACACAGAUUCCUAUCCUUGCAGUGUCUGGAGCCACAGGUGCGUACUUACUACGGUGCACUUUGUGCUGGAAAAAGACAGGGGCUAUGAGAAAUUUCUUGAAACAGAUGCUGACCACCCCGCCCAGAAAGGGCAGUAGUGCCAAGUUCAUGUCAGAAGACGAUUUCCCAGUGCGACGGAUAGACCUCGAACUAGACUGAUUUUCUCAUCGAUUUCGGCCUUGAAAGGCCGCAAUUUGAAUCUCAGAGUUUUUGUUUGAUCCAGGAAAGUGCUGCUUUUUUGAAUUUUUCAUCUCAAAAUAGCCUAGCAUGGCUAUUUGCACCCUAGGUGCCUCCUUAGGAGGCUGGAGCGCAUGCAGCAACCAGGUGCUCAAUAGUACAACUCCGGCCUGGGCCUAGCGUGCUUGGAAAAAGUUUGAAGCUAGCUGUGCGAUCCUUUGCUUGCAUCUCGGUGCUUGUUUGCUUAUUGUAAAUAAAGGCCUUUCCCAACCAUCAUCAUCCACUGCUACAGGGAUUAGGGUAUACGGUAUACCCAAGCGACCCAAGAGGAGUAUCCAUAUUCCCCAUGAAAGAGGGCGCCAAGGAGCUACAGGAGUUCCCCAACCCCCUUGCUAGUCAGUCGGAGAGUCGACCAUUGUUGGAUGUGGACCAUGGCUGUGAUUCCCCGGCCUCCUGCGGUCGAGGAGCGUGAGCAGCGUCAUGAAGUCGAAGAACCCCUCCUUGUUGCUGGGAGACGCCGAGGGACUAGGGCGAAGGCACCGCUUUGCUCUGAGAUGUUUGAUGUGCCCUGCAGCUCGUUUGGUGCACCUGGACCCCGGCACUGAGGAGGCCCAGGAGCUCCGGAGGCUCAUCGUGCAGGAGGGGUUCGACUCCAUGGACUUGGCCCGAGGGCUCGAGAGCGGGUCCGGGACUCCCGAGAGCGAGUCCGAGCGGGCUCUUCCGGCCAUUGGAGCGCAGGAUAUGGUGGAUGUGAGGAGCAACCUCACCUCGCUGCUGCGACGAUCGGAUGCCUCUGACGGGCGGCCCUUGGCGCGGGAGGAGCUCGACGAUCAGAUGCGGAACAUGGGACGGCGCAAGGUGAAGCGCCCUGGGAUGGUUUUGCAAACCUUCUACAUGGCAAGCAGGCUUUCAGAAGAUGGAGUUGCUGCAUUGCGACUGAAGGGCGGGAGCGGCGAAGAGGAUCCGACGCGAAGAGAACAGGUCUUCACACGCAGCACUCAGCACCUCGCACCGGAUACCGACAGCUGCGCUGCGGCCAUCGAAGGGCUUUUUGCCUGUGGAGCUCAGGAUGCGGCUGAGUUGAUCUAUCGCAAGUGCCGGGCAGCAUUCUUACCCAAUCCUGCCCUCUACGCCGCCGUGAUUUUUGGGCGCUUGGGAUGUGGUGAUGGUCAAGGGGCUACCGAUGCUAUGCUUGAUAUGCAUGCAGCUGGUUUUACACCCCAUCAGCGCUUCAUUUCCCGGUGCUUACGGUACAUGGGACCAUUUCACCAGCAUGGCUUGCUUUUGGUGGAGCGCUUAGGCUUGCCGACGAUGUGGCAGAGGUUGCUUCACAUCUUGAUUGAGUCCUGUCACAUGGCAGCUGACCCUGCCAGCGCUGCCUUGGAGGUUUACCGCUUCCUUUGUGAGAAGCAGUUGGCACCGGAUUGGGAGACCACCUUUGCCAUGCUGAAGGCCUUGUGUGGGUUACCAACUGUCAAGGAAGCGAUCCAAGAAUUGGAGCGCUAUGCAGAUCAAGAAGUGCUCCCUCGACACUGCGGCUUUGAGAUGCUCUUGCGCGAAUGCUUUGGCCUAGCCAAUAGCCGCCACCGAGCCCUAUUGAUUAUGGACAGCCGACGUUCCUGGGUCGAGGAGGUGGCAGCAACUGUGAGCUUUGGAAGCUAUGAAUUGACGCACAUGACGGCCAUGGGUCGCGAGUUACGACGCCACGUGGAGGAAGAUGAAGGGUACCAUGAGCAGGCUGACAGCCUCGAGCGGCUGGUGCUCAAGUUGGAGAGCGGUGAGGUUGCACUCAAGGACGAAUGUUUUGGCUCCUCCUGCACAUUCAGAUGGGUUCUGAAUACGUACUGUGCUGCUUUACCGCUACACCUCGCUGCAAUCCAUAGUGCCCAGUAUGUGCUUUGGCGCUACGGCCUUGUGCGGUCCGGAAAGCAGAAGGAGUUGCUGCAGGAGGAGUUGGACCAAGCCUUAGCAGCGAAGCAUAGCGACAUCGCCAUGGAUCUUCAUCGUCGCUUGGGAGUGAACUGUAGCUGCAGCCAGCUCUAUGGCCCUUUGCCUGCUUUGGAGGGCCCUUUUGAGCCGCUGUCUUUUGUCUUGCUCCUUGUGAUGUGCUUCGACCACUUGGAGGUCGUUGAGGGGACGCAUUUGCGGCUGAUGCGGAUGCUCUUCCGCGCAUUGCCCAACGGCUCCCGCACAUUGGCACCAAAGCAUGUGGACUUUAUCGAGCGCGAAGCCUAUCGACUGGCGCCAGCGGUGUUAACGGAGCUGAUUUCAAUGUGCGAGGUCAAAGUCGAGGUCGAUGUGUCGAUCGGCUCACGGCCCUUCAGCACGGAGGAUGGGCGCAGUAGAUUGGCAGAAAUUGUGGAGAAUCACUACUUGAAGCGCGUGCCCGGUGAAGAGCCCACGAAGCUGAGUCACACGCUGCGCUUCGUCCGAACGCACCACCUGGCGGAUCGCCUGGAGGAAGAGGUGCUAUUCUUGCCGGUGAUUGGUGCUCUCAAUGAUGGUCAGCCGCAGCAUGCCUACAACCUGGGUGAAGGUGAUCAUUUACUGCAAUUGCGCAUGGUCUCCUUUGCUAUCCGCAAAGGCUUUCGCUUGGUCGCAGGGCGUUUGGUCGAUCGCUUUGGUUCGAAGGUGCUUUCGGCAUUGGAUGCAGAGGUGCCUGGCUGGAGUUGUGAAUUUGGAUGCUUCCAGGAAGAGUGUGAGGCAUGUGUUCAAGAAGCCGAAGAGGCUGAAGAGAAGGAGAUCCGAGCUGUGAGUGAUCGGAAGAUCGCAGCUGUGGAGGAGGAUGCCAACUCCUUACAACUUCCACCAGAAGUCGCUGAGCAGAUUUUCUUCGUCUCCAAUAAAAGUGAGCUACAAGAAGUGGAAGACCGUUUAUCAGAGAUGCUUCGUUUGAACAGCGAGGGUGAUGCUUUCACCCUACUUGCUCAACCAGGGCAUGCCGUAGGAUUAGACGUGGAGUGGCGGCCCUUCCUGGAGAAGCGAAGUGGGAUGCAAAAGCAUCGACGAAGUACUGCCUCCAUGGAGCCCUGUUCCACCCUGCAGUUGGCAGCGGAUCGCUAUGUGAUUGUUUUCGAUCUUUUGUCACUGGCGCCAGCUGGCACUCCGUGCGCCAAGCAGUUGUCCAACCUGUUGACCAACGUCUUUAGCCAUGCGGGGAUUCUGAAGCUCGGAUUCGGGCUGCCGCAUGAUCUUCAACGCUUGGCUGCGUCCUACCCGCACUUGGAGUGCUUCAGAUGUCUUAAGGGCGCUGUCGAUGUUCAAGAGGCCUUCAUGACACUACGACGCGAGAAAGGACAAGCCACAGGCCUGUCAGCCCUGUGCUUGGAGCACUUUGGAUCUCCAUUGAGCAAACGCCUGCAAACCAGUGAUUGGGGAGCUCGACCUUUGUCAAGAGACCAAUUGCUCUAUGCUGCGCUGGAUGCCUUUUGCUUGCUGGGCCUCGCCCGAAAGCUUCCGGCUGAAGUGCUUCAAGUGCAGAAACUACAGGUUGGGUCAGUUGGAGGAAAGCUUCAAGUGACUCAAGUGACGAGCACGGCUGAUGCGAAGGCAGAUGGAGAGGAGCUGGCUCAACUGGAUGCAGACAUUAGCUGCAAGGGUGCAGAGAUCCGUAACAUGAAGGCAGCAAAGGUGGCCAAAGCAGAGUGGCAGGCCGAGGUGCAGGUCCUCUUGCAGCUCAAAGCCCAAUACCGAGAAUUGGCUGGCGUUGAUUGGGUGCCGAUCAAAGAACCUGUCCCCGCAUGAACUUUGCUCCCCUGCACCAUGCCGCCGCAGAACCACCAGUGGACGCCAAGGAGGUCUGCGAAGGUCUGUCCCCGGAUGGUCCACACGGUCCAACACGGUCCGGUCUGCGAAGGUCUGCGAACGAAGCUCGCGCCGCCGGAGAAAAGUGGAGACCGGUGGAAGUGAACUUUGCUUGAGCCAGUCACAUGAUUGGGCCAUUGGAUGCAGAGCAUGGCAUGGUCAAUGUAUUCAAUUCGAUUGCAUUAAGUUAUCAACUAUUUGGCGUGAUUCGCUUCCCUGCUGCCAGAUCUGAUCGAAGCAGACAUGUUUGCUGCUUCACUUCAUUUUCUUGAAUUGCGGAAUGUUUCAAUCUGGAAGCUUUUCAUGCUGGAGCACUGAGAGUCAUGAUGUCAUGCAGAUGUGACGAC